AUUCCGAAAGCCUAACGCUUCCCUUCCAAUUUCUUUUCCCCAAAUUCAGUUCCCACAGAAACCCUAGCUCAAUAUCUGUAUCCUCGGUGUUUUCCACGUUUCCUUGCUUCCAAAUCAAUAUUUAACCGAGGAUUCCUACCGAGAAUUCAACUUGCUCGAACGUCAGAAAAACAGAUAUAAGUAGUGGAUCCAAAUAUCAUACUCCUAUGAUGUUUAGCCAUUGAUUUCAGUUAUGGAGUAUGGGCGGUGAAAACGGGAGGCGGUUGAACAUUAUUAUUGCUAAUCUUUCAGACAACUGGGGCGAGAAGCCUACAUCGCCUUUUCCAAUUGUGAAUUGUGAAAGAAUCAGCAUUAGUGAGACCAAGCAACAAGGAAAUGGAAGAAGCCCUGCAAAAAUUGCUCCGGUUGAGCCAUCGUUCAGGUUGGAGAAACCCCCCAUUGCUGAUUCCUCUCCGGGAUCAAUCAAAGAUGUUGCUUGUGAUCCCUUGGUGCUGACUGAAUCCCCUGCCAUCCAAGUGAUGGAAAGGCCUAAAGACUCUGAUCCCAGCGCUGCCCCUACGGCUAGUCCAAACCGGUGGAGUCUUGAUUCGGGUGAUUCUUUGUUCAGCAUCCACAUGGAGAAUGACGGCAUCUCCAAGGAGCGUUCGUUGAGUAUAAGUGGAGACAUUGGGGAACUAUCCCUGUCCGAAGCAUAUCUGCCUCGAAUAUCUCCCAAGUCAGGGGAGUUGCAUCAAUCAGUAAAAUCAUCACACACUUCCCCUGCUGCAGCAAAAGCCAUAGAGAAGUCGCAAAGGGACGUGAAAGAAGACGUUUCUCAUCAACCGACAUGUGACCCCCCAGAGGCUUCCAUAAGUAUCCACACAGACUCAAAUCUCCCAAGUUCUAAGGAUUCUUCGGUUCCUCCAUUGAUGUGUAGCUGCAGCUGUGGCCAUUGGUUUCAUUGGUCAAGGUGUUCGAGUUGUUGCAUAAGCUGCCCUAGCUGCUGCAGUAAGUGCUAUUUUUCGAGUUCUUGCUGCUCUUGCUGCUGCUACAAGCAGAACCGACAGACGAAGAGAACCCGUCCUGUUUCUUCUUACGUGUGAGCUUCUCUCUCUCUCUGAUUGAAGUGUUUUUUCGAUGUAUUUAGCAUGUGCAAUGCAGGUUGAUGGGUAGGGGUGUAGCCAGUCCCAGAAAACAUAAGGUUUAAUUGGUUGUUUGAAGAAGUUUUUGGUGAAACCGUUGCCGAAAUUGGGAGCUCUAAACGGCACUAUUGUGUGUGUGAAGUAUCAAUUUUAUUGAUGAUGAGAGGAUAUUUGAUGGCUGCUCGUUUAAAUUUGUAAUCUUGUAGAAUUUACAGAAACUGAAAAUGUUAAACCUGGAUUAAUUCAUUUCUCUUUUAAUUUGUUCCACUUAUGAUA